AGGCGCAAAAAGGGACCGCUCUAGUCAUUGUGGGGCCAUGCCAAGAGCCGCGACGUGGCACAUAGCGCAACCCAAUAAUGCUACACCACGGUUAAACUGUGCAUCCCGGUGUCAUGCUCGCAGAGAUCAGUCCUGCGGUACGAACGACGCUGUUUCAGCUCGGCUCUACGAGGAGGAGAUGGCCGCGGCAGACGACAUCGGCGCCAGUGCGGGGAGGUGGUCCCUCCACGGCAGGAGGGCGCUCGUCACCGGCGGCACCCGCGGCAUCGGGCGCGCGGUGGUGGAGGAGCUGGCGGCGCUCGGGGCCGCCGUGCACACGUGCUCCCGGAAGGAAGCCGAGCUCGGCGAGCGCUUGAAGGAGUGGGAGGCCAAGGGAUUCCGCGUCACGGGCUCCGUCUGCGACGUCUCCGUGCGCGACCAGCGCGAGCUCCUGCUCCAAGACGUCGCCGGCCGCUUCGCCGGCAAGCUGGACAUCCUCAUAAACAACGUGGGCACAAACCAUAGAAAACCAACCACUGAAUACUCGGCAGAUGAAUAUUCGUUCAUAAUGGCCACCAAUCUUGAAUCUGCAUAUCAUCUAUGCCAACUUGCACACCCUCUUCUCAAAGCAUCCGGGGUGGCCAGCAUUGUCUUCAUAUCAUCAGUCUCUGGAGUGGUAGCCAUAUCUAGUGGCUCCAUUUAUGGCAUGACAAAAGGUGCGAUGAAUCAGUUGGCCAAGAACCUAGCGUGUGAGUGGGCGAAAGACAACAUAAGAAUCAAUUCUGUUGCUCCAUGGUACAUCAAGACUUCACUUGUGGAAGAGGAUUUGGCGAAAGAGGAUUUCGUGGAUAGCAUCGCCCGUCGAACUCCCAUGAGGCGUGUGGGAGAACCUGAAGAAGUAUCAUCGCUGGUGGCGUUUCUCUGUAUGCCCGGUUCAUCUUAUAUCACUGGCCAGACGAUCUCGGUUGAUGGCGGCAUGACUAUAAAUGGCAUGUACCCGACUGAGAACUAGCAGAAGGGGUGAAACUGCACGGUGGUUCAGAGCAAAUCGUGAUACAGAGCAAAUCGUGAUACGUGGAUCAUCCGUGUCCGCGUGUAUAACCUGUAUGGGAAGGUUAUCUUGAUGUACAAUCUGUAUGUGUAUGUUUUUCCACUUUAGCUAAAUGUAAGUCUACUGGAGAUGUGAUAAAAAAUGAUCCCUUGUUAAGAUUUGAAAACGACUGGUUCCUCA